AUGACAAGGAAAAGGAUAAAAUCCAAGCAAAGCAAUCAAGCCGGUGAGGGCCGGGGCGGGGAGGGGGAGCGGGAAGGGGAGCGGGGUCGCCAUCCCCGGGGUCCCCCUCCCCGGGGUCGCCUCAGCGCCGGGCUCCGGCCCCCGGGUGAGUUCCUCGCUCUUCUCCCGCCGCAGCCCUGCGCGAAGCAAGCGGGCGACUUCGACUCCUCUGACGAAGAGGCCGCUGAGGAGGACGCGAGGCCGCUCCCCGUCUCCUGGUUGUCUUUGUCUCCUGUCUACUCCUCUGAAUUCCUGGGAUUAUGUUCCCUUCCAGGUUGCAGGUUUAAGGAUGUUAGAAGAAAUCUUCAGAAAGAUAUAGAAGAACUGAAGAACUAUGGGACCCAGGAUAUAUUUGUGCUUUGCACCAGAGGAGAGCUCUUAAAAUACCGAGUACCAAACCUUAUAGACACCUACCAACAGCACGGGAUCUGUGUGCACCACUAUCCUAUUCCUGAUGGAGACGCUCCUGACAUUGCUGAGUGCUGCAAAAUUCUGGAAGAGCUCAGAAGCUGCCUGGAAAGUAACCGGAAAACAAUCAUACACUGUUACGGUGGCCUUGGACGCUCCUGUCUCAUAGCUGCGUGUCUCCUGCUUCAGCUUUCGGAUGCGCUGGCACCUCAGCAAGCGAUAGACAGCCUCAGGAACUUGAGAGGAUCUGGGGCGAUACAGACCAUCAAGCAAUACAAUUACCUCCACGACUUUCGAGAGAACCUAGCUGCACAUCUGGCAACCAAGGACACAAUAUUAAGAUCGGUAUCACGGUAA